UCAAGGCAUAUGAAAUAGGCAUAUUCUUUGAUUUUAGUGCAUGCAUAGUGUGUUUUCAUUACCUGAAAAAUCACAAGAGAGAAACCCACUUUUAGUUCUACUCAUCCAUUGCUAAUUACUUUCAUUCUCACAUGAAAAUUAAUUCUUUCAAGCCUUCAUAGAAUUUAUAGAAGAGUAGCACAUCACAUGACAAAAUCUAGUUGGGGUUAUUGCACCUGGGACAUUAUUUUUUUCUUUAUUGAUUACCUUUUUCUACGGUUUACCAGUGAUCUACAUGGGAAAAUGGGCCUUGAAUCUUCUUGAUGUCACAUCUUUUCUUCUUCACAAGUUUCUUUGGGUUGAACUGCUCAGCUUUUGGCUUUGCCAAUAAAAUUUGACAUACUUGAGCUUCUGUUCUCUUAUCUUGAUUUUAAUUUAUAAUUCUUUCUGGGUAGAUUGGUUUUCACAAUAUAUAUGAGGAGAUUGUGUGGGUCAGAUCAGCUGCUUUGAUUUGUUCUUGUAAGGGGAAAAAAAAACUUGGUAGACAUGAGUAAGCUCAGUUUUGGCAAGGUAUUGGAUUGCCUUUGUCUGAGUCAAGGUUCAUCAAGCUCUUGCUUUUGCAUGAAUUCCGUGGAAAAUCAUGGUGAUGAGUUUGAAAAAAAGCCUCUGAUAGCAAGCGACAAAGGGCAGGUGCUCAGAUUGAAAGAUGUUGUUUCUGGUAACCAGACCUUGGCCUUUCAACUCAAGCCCAAGAUGGUGGUGCUGAAGGUGUCUAUGCACUGCUAUGGCUGUGCAAGGAAGGUUGAGAAACAUGUAUCAAGAUUGCAAGGAGUGACCUCAUACAAAGUUGACCUGGAAAGCAAGAUGGUGGUUGUUAUUGGAGACAUAAUUCCUUGUGAAGUGCUAGAAAGUGUUUCCAAGGUGAAAUAUGCUGAGCUUUGGAAUUCUCCAUUCUGAUAAUUACUUUAAAAAAUAUAUAUAUUGGGGGAAGAAGAAUUCAUCAUAUUUAUUUGUGCGAUUUAAAGCAUUCCCUUCCACAACCCCCAAGAAUUUACUUCAUGAUAUUUUAUUUAUAUAGUAUUUUUUUCUGUUUAUUUAUUAUAAGAACUUAUUAUUUUAUAUAUAUACACAUACACCACAUAUAAUACAUGCCUUGUUUUAUCCAUCGACUCUGUAACAUUUAUGCUAUUGUUAAUUAUUUAUGAAUUUGCUUCUAUCAAACAA